GCCAACACAUGUCAGAGCGCACGCGGAUAUAAAUGGCACGGGUCUCUGGAUCUCCAGCCGCGUUUCGCGACAGCAGCCCUCCGAGAGAACUUCUGAAGUUUGGGAGGCGUUUAACCACCCCUUUAUUUCCCGACGCUUUUUUUUGGAGUCAGCAUUGAGCAUGAGGGCUGAAGUGAAUGAACGAACGUCAGCUUUAUAUUUUAUGUAUCAGAUUUAUGAAUGGGCGUCUUGACAAGCACGGCGCGCUUCGUAAGUUCUCCACCAAAGAGACGCUGGAUUACAAAUGUCCCUGCGCUCGUCCAGCAGGAUUUUAUGUCUAAAAACGAGUCUGAAUCGCAGCUAUUUUAUUCGAAACGACACCAGUUUUCUUCGAUUUACGAUUUAAUAGCCGCUUUGCCUGUUAUCAUCACAUCGCCGUGCCUCUAUGGCAGCUGUGAGAGCGCACGGCUGAAGCCGCGGUGUCUGGAUGCGCGGAGGACCGGAGCCCUCGCCGCUGUCCGGUGAUGAUGAAUUGAGGAUGGUGGAGGGAACAGACGCCCCUUUGAGGAACAUUUCGACAGGAAACCGGGACAGCAAGUACCUGUCUUUCCCCUGGGUGGUGACUCUCCUCUCCAGUGUUCUCAUCACUACCAUUAUAGUAGAUGUUCUGGGCAACCUGUUGGUCAUUGUAUCGGUCUUCAGAAACAGAAAGCUCAGGAAGGCAGGUAAUGCCUUUGUGGUGAGUUUGGCAAUAGCAGAUCUGGUGGUGGCCAUCUACCCCUACCCGCUCGUCCUGACCGCCAUCUUCCACGACCGCUGGAUCGCCGGUGAUAUUCACUGUCAAAUCAGCGGCUUCCUCAUGGGGCUCAGUGUGAUCGGCUCUAUUUUCAACAUCACGGGCAUCGCCAUCAACCGCUACUGCUACAUCUGCCACAGCCUUAAAUACGACAAGCUCUUCUCCAACAAGAACACGGUGUGCUACGUGGUCCUGGUCUGGGCGCUGACCAUCCUGGCCAUCGUCCCAAACUGGUUUGUGGAGUCUCUGCAGUACGACCCGCGUGUCUACUCGUGCACCUUCGCCCAGUCGGUGAGCUCGCUCUACACCAUCACGGUGGUGGUGGUGCACUUCAUCCUGCCCAUCGGCAUCGUCACGUACUGCUACCUGCGCAUCUGGAUCCUCGUCAUACAGGUGCGCAGACGGGUCAAACCCGACAGUCGGCCCAAGAUCAAGCCUCAUGACUUCCGGAACUUUCUCACCAUGUUCGUGGUGUUUGUGCUGUUCGCCGUCUGCUGGGCUCCGCUGAACUUCAUAGGCCUGGCGGUGGCGAUACACCCCAGACUGGGCCAAGCCAUACCCGAGUGGCUCUUCACAGCCAGCUACUUCAUGGCAUACUUCAACAGCUGCCUCAAUGGCGUUAUAUACGGAGUGCUAAACCACAACUUUCGGAAAGAGUAUAAAAGGAUUAUACUUGCUAUUUUCAAGUUUAAUUGUUGAGUUUUCACUAUGAGACGAGCACUGUGUAUUUCCAAGUUAUUGACUUGCAUCUUUUGUGAUUCGAAUGUUUUUAUUGCUUUGCAUUUUGUUAUACCAAAUAUGGACAUAUUUUGAGUCCCUGUAUUUGCAUCCUACAAUUUGCACAAAAUGGUACGCGUUUGAACUUUAGUUCCUUGUUUACAUUAUCAUCUACACAACAUGUCCUUAUGUAGAAUUUUAAUUUUUGCAUUUUAAUUGUGGAUGAUCCCAAUGCUAAUCAAAACCCUUGAUAAUGUCUAUCUGAAACACAAUUUUUUUAUUUAACCAAAAUUACUAGAUUGUGUUCAAUAUUCAACCGUCUAAAAAUGUAGUGUUUAAAUGUCCAAAAAUAUUUUCUCAAAUGAAAUUGCUUUUAAAUGUGAUUUUUAAUAUAUAUUUAGCAUUAUUUGGCUAUUUAUGGUGUCUCAUUUUUGUUAAAUACUUGGGAGAAAAAAAUAUGAAAAAAAUAAUGAAUGUUUGAAUUACUAAUGGAGCAUAUAGAGUCGGUGAGAGUUUUUUUUAGAUUAUAAUAAGAUGAUUAACUACAUAAAAUUUUAAUCUCAAGUCAAUUAACUCAAUUACAUUGAAAAAAAAGUAUAUCUAUGUUACAAUUUAAUUAAAGUCAGCAUAUCUUAAUGAGGAUGUAAGAUAGGAGAUUUUGAUAGAUUCCAUAUAUGAGCAUAUUUUUGCUGAGCUAAAUGAAUUUACUCUAUUAUCUGAUACCUCAAUUGCAAAAAAGAAUGUAUGAUUUACUUUAUGAAUUAUUUUACACUAAUGUAUUAAUAUCAAUAUUAUAGCUUGUUUAGGAAAUGGACCAUAAGUUGAGAGUUACAGCAGUUAAAAAGUCCAUUAGAUUUAUGAUCUAGAAUGUUGCAAAAAAAACAAAACAAAAAAAAAUGCAUAGAAAUAUGUUUUUUUUUCUUCAUGAGCGUUUCAGUGGAAAGCACUUCCAUGUAUCCUACAAAUACUUGUUUUGUGUGUAAAGGUGGAAAUCAAAAAGUGUAAUACUGUGUUAUUUGAAAUCUCUACUGCACAUUUUCUGAUCAAAUAUUUAUUAAACAAUCAUAUUUUUAUAUGUAAACAUUCCUAUGAAUGCAUCCGAGUGCUGCGUUCAUGUUUAAUAGUAAGAUGUCUCAAUAAAAUUUAAUCACUGUGCAACGUGUUGACAUAUUCACUCCUCCGUGGGAAAAUGAAGGGGUGUGUUCCUCAUAAAUUUAAAGAAUUAAAAUAAAAUUCUGACAUGCGGUUGUAUUGAUAGAGCACACGUUUGACAAGACGUAUGUUGUUUUCAGCGCCUCGAGUGUUUUACAAACAAUAAAUACAAGUCUAGAAACCCACGUUUGCCCGGGGCACUUCUCUUCAUGGUGUGCUGCCAGUCAUCAUUAUCCAUUCAGAGCAGGUCCAGCUGAAGAAGAAGUAUAGAUCUCUGACAGGGAGCUUUGUGGGUCAGUGAGGACAAAUAGCUUGUAGAUGGUGGACUUAUGCCUCAGGGUUUGAGACGAAAACAGGAAAACGUCACGCAGAUGCUGAGACUCACAUUCAGCCCAAAUCACGGUAUAUUUUACUGGUCUCUCUUUAUACGAGGUGGCAUUAGCUACCGCACACGUGCAUAAAAAAAUAAGUACAACGUCCAUGUUGUGCUUAUAUAUUGCAGAACUGUUGAUAUUGGGAUAGGGGUUUAUUAAAGGUGGAUUUAGGCGUAAUUAAUUACAGAUUACAUGCAGGUAUUUGUAAAUAAUGUAAAAUACUUUUAUCAUUGUACGUAGAUCUUAUUUACAGUGAUGUGACCUAUGGGUCAGGGCAUUUCACUGGAAUAUUAAAUAUAAAAAACAUCUUAGAAAUAAUAUUAGUGACUGGGGUUUUCAAAAUUGCUUCAAGCGGUGAUUUCUGCUCAAGCGUACAAACCACUAAAGUCACGUGAUCUCAGUAAAUGAGGCUUCGUUAUGCCAUAAUUGUUUUGAAAUGACCAUUUUUAGGAAUGAACCGGUUUUACCUGAUCUCGGAUUAAAUUUGAUGAUUGUUUUAGAAG